AUGGUGUAUGCCCAACAAGUUGAGGAGAAUAAGAAGAAGGACAGAGAGGAGCACCAAAGCAAGAAAGUUAAGUUCGCAGGUAAUGAAGGCAACCAUAAGAAGGGUGAGAAUGAAAAUCACUCUUUCCUUCAGAAGAAUUCUUCUGGUAAUGCACCAUCUUCAACUAUUGAACAUAUGGGUCACUUCAUAAGAGAUUACCCAUCGAACAAGAAGAGUAAUGGGGAAACAGAGCCCAAUCUUCUUCGGCAACACCGCCCAACAGAGAUAGAUCUCAGAUCAUGCUAUCAUAAGUUGAAUGUGAGAAAAAGUGAAAUUCUAGAGACAGCCUUCAGAACCAGAUAUGGUCAGUAUGAGUUCCUAGUUAUGUCCUUUGGUUUGACUAAUGUUCCUAUAGCAUUUAUAGACCUCAUGAAUAGAGUGUUCAAGCAGUAUAUAGACAUGUUUGUUAUUGUGUUUAUCGAUGAGAUUCUGAUCUAUUCAAGAAGUGAGGAGGAUCAUGCUAACCAUCUCAGAAUUGUUAUCCAAACUCUCAACGAAAAGGAGUUAUAUGCUAAGUUUUUGAAAUGUAAAGCUAAUAUUGUUUUCGAUGCUCGUAGAAAGUUAUCCAUGGUAAGUACUGCUUAUGUGGAUGAAGAAAAGUAG